AUGGCUGUUCCCUUUGACCAACAGUUUUUUGUCGAAAGAGAAAGAAAUAAUAAUCUAGUGCUAUUCUGCAUUGUGUUUGUCGGAGUCAAUAUUGGGUUAUGUUUUGCUGAAAUUAAAGAUAUUGACUAUCAAGGGUACAUGUACGCCAUCUCGAAAAGAAUAUCACGUAUUGGCAUUGGCAACUUGCCAAUCUUGUUAUUGUCAGUCAUGAAACACGAUUUGUUAACGCAGUUCUCGGGUUUUCAAUUUGACAGGUUGGAAUUCUUGCAUAAAUGGUUGAGCAGAUGGAUGUGGGCCAUGAUUACAGUGCAUUUGUCAUUGGCUUGCUACUAUUGGUUAACAAACAACUUCUUGAUUAUGAUUAUUAUCCCACCCCAGAUUUUUGGAUUCAUGGCGUAUGGAAGUUUGUUUAUAUUGACUUGGACAAGUAUGAAGUUUAUUCGACAAUGGUGUUAUGAAUUUUGGUUGGUCCAACACCGUGUUUUUGCCUUCAUUAUGUUGUUUAUGUCAUUUAUCCACAAUUCUGGGAACCGGGCAGCGGUGUUGGUUUCGGUUCAUGGAUUGGUUAUUGAUCGAGUGUUGAGCAAAAUUAUGGCUCAUAUACAUAAACGGUACUCGCCAACCAAGUGCAAAAGUGCAUUCAGGAUCUUGGAUUCGGGAACUAUUGAAGCAACGAUACCAGUUAGGGAAGAUGGGUAUGUGGCAGAUAAAUGGUACAACAAAAUACUUGGAUACAAGAAUUGGAAAGCAGGGCAACAUGUUUAUUUGAAUGUACCCAAAAUCAAAUGGCUUGAAUAUCAUCCAUUCACCAUUGCCAGUUUAGCGUCAUCUAACGAAAUAAAACUAUUGAUAAGAGUCCAAAAGGGGUUUACGCGAAAUUUAAUGAGACACUUGGCAGACAUAGAUCAUGAGGAGCACGCAGAUGACUUGGUCAGUAUCAAAGCCAUGUUCCAUGGGCCUUAUGGCGCAGUGCAUCAACCAUUCAUUUCAUUUGACCAUUGCAUAUUCUUUGGAGCUGGUUCAGGGGGUGCAUUCACCUUCCCUGUGUGUUUGGAUCUCCUUCAACAAAUACAAGCUAAAGACGAAAUGCAGGAUUUCCUCUUUCGACCAGUUGCUCCCAAGAUUAGAUUUGUUUGGGCAAUCAAGCAAUUGAAAAAUAUUGUCUGGUUCAAGCAUAUAUUCGACCAAUUGAAAGGUUAUUCUGCUCGGAAUAAAUUGAUUAUUGAUAUUUAUGUUACCCAAGAGAGUGCCGACAGUAGCUGUUACUCUAUUGAAGAGAGUCAAAUUGAAAGUAGCCAGCCAAAAUUAGAGCAAUCUUCAUCUAGUGACGAAGGAUCAUAUGAAUUGCAAUCGAUUGGACUGAAUCUGAAAUUACUCAACAAAAAUCACAUUUAUGAUGGAGAGAAAGUCAAGAGUCAGGACCUUGUAACGAAUCAAACUGUAACCACCACGUCGACAACGAUGACCAAUCCUAGUGACAGUACUCAGAACAAGACAAAGUCAGAUACUAUAGAAGUGGAAUACGAUCUUAGUAUCACUAAACCAACAUACAAUAUCCACUACGGCCGUCCCGACAUUGGCUCUAUAAUCCAAACGCACUCGAAUGACCUUUCACAACAAAUGAGUAAUGACAGUGCUUACAAGUCAUUGGCGGUUGCCUCUUGCGGUCCACCAUUCUUUACCAAUCUAAUCAAAGAGCAGUGUCAAGUGGCAAGACGAGUAAAGAACUCUCCCGAUGUGUAUUGUUAUACAGAAUCGUUUUAG